AUGGUCUUGGAAGAACUCGAUCGUUCACACGUUUCACAACUCGAAGACACCGAAAAGUUUUCACUACUGUUUUAUUAUAAUGGAGAAUCAGAAUCAGAUUUGGUAAAAGAACUUGAAGCAUUGUUGGACCAAAACAAAGACGACCAAGUUCUCUCCAACGCUUUCUGGUUUAAGAGCAAUAUUAAUCCCGAUACGAUCAAUUUUAUUGGAGCAUCUAUUGCAAACGUAAUCGGUAUUGAUCUUGAGGAUGAAAUUAAAAACAAUUUGUGUGCUGUAAUGUUGAGCAAGAAGGGAAAGAAGUUCAUGUAUUCUCUCAAGACUCCUGUGGAUAAAGAAGCAUUGAAGACAUGGCUUCAAUCGGUUCAAGACGGAACCGCAAAGGCUGAAGUGAGAAGUGAGCCAAGACCUCCUAACGAUGAAUAUCCAGGAUCGAAAGGCCUCAAAAAACUUGUGGCCUCAGCCUUUGACGAGAUUGUUCUUGAUGAGCAGAAGGACGUGUUUGUGGACAUUUACGCUGAUUGGUGUGGUCCAUGUAUUAUGGUAUCACCAAUGAUCGAGAAGGUAGCCAACGUCUUGCAACCUGAAUCAGGCAUUGUCAUUUGCAAAAUGAACUCGGAUUUGAAUGAUUAUUCUGAUGAGUUUUUCCCAGAGGGUACGAUUCCUAACAUGAAGCUUUUCCCAGCUGGUGAUAAGGAAAAGAAGAACAAUCCCAUCAAAUUCUCUGGUAAAAGAACUGCUGCUGGAAUUUUGCAAUGGAUUCAUGACCACGCAACAAACAAAUUUGAUUUGGACAAAUAUUUGCCAGAAUGUAAGAAAUUCGAUGACUUCUUCCUAUUGAAAAUGGAAGCAGAAGAAAUGCUUCAGGAAGUUAGAAAUGACUUGGAGUUUGCCCCUGAAAGCGCAACUACUGACUUGGAAAAUCUGUUGAAGGACUUGGAAAAGAAAAUUGAUGCAGAAGAUGUUGAUGACGUGACAAAAUUGUUGGAGAGCUUGAAAAUUUCCACUGACAGAGAACAAGUAAAACAAGCAGCUGACAAGAAACGAUUAGGAAAUGUAGUCAAGAUUCACAGCAUGGAUGAGUUUAACGAGGCCUUGAAACAUGACAAGUUAGUUGUUGCAGACUUUACUGCAUCCUGGUGUGGACCUUGCCAAUAUAUUUCACCAAUAUUUGCAGCCAUGUCUACUCAAUAUGAAGAUGUCAAGUUUUUAAAGAUUGAUGUGGAUGAAUGUCAAGACAUUGCUUUGGAGUAUGGUAUUGAAGCAAUGCCUACUUUCCAAUUCUUUAAGAACGGCACCAAAGUCGAUGAGGUUCAAGGAGCGGAUCCAGACAGCCUCGAACAACUCGUUAAAAAGUACAUUCAACAAUAG